GCUGGCCCGGGCGAGUUCGGCAGCACCUGGGUGCCUCGGUGCUGGAGGUUAAGGAAACAAAGGUCGCCGCCCGGGCCUUCUCCCAUUCCUCUCGGAACGUAGCCACAGUGCCGACCUCCAACGCAAGUAUCGGGCCUGAGAACGCCGGCCUCCGGCGUGGGGAAAAAGGCUCCUAGGAGCUUCACGGCCCUCCUCGUCCGGCACGUGGGAGCUAAGGGCUGCUCAGCCUUACCUGUCCCACGCCUAGAGUGGCAAGCCCGGGUAGCAGGCGGGAUAUGCUGGGGAAGAAUAGUUGCUAAGCUCUGCCUUAAGUACCUUAGAAAUCCAAACGUGUGAAUAUUCGCAACUUUUAGAUUUGAAACCAACCUGUAUACAUGAGGAGUGACUUCAGACCAACCACAAUGUGUCAAGAAAGAAAAAAAGACCCAAUAGAAAUGUUUCAUUCUGGACAGCUGGUAAAAGUCUGUGCCCCAAUGGUUCGAUAUUCAAAGUUGGCUUUUAGAACAUUAGUAAGAAAAUAUUCUUGUGAUCUGUGUUACACACCAAUGAUAGUUGCUGCUGAUUUUGUCAGAUCUGUAAAAGCCAGAGACAGUGAAUUUACCACAAACCAAGGUGACUGCCCAUUGAUUGUUCAGUUUGCUGCUAAUGAUGCAAGACUUGUAUCUGAUGCUGCUCUUAUAGUCUGCCCCUAUGCAAACGGAAUCGAUAUUAACUGUGGUUGCCCUCAGAGGUGGGCAAUGGCAGAAGGUUAUGGAGCUUGCUUAAUAAACAAGCCGGAGCUCGUCCGCGAUAUGGUGAAGCAAGUGAGAAACCAAGUGGAAAAUCCUAGAUUUUCAGUUUCAAUUAAAAUAAGGAUCCAUGAUGACUUGACAAGAACUAUAGAUCUUUGUCGGAAGGCUGAAGCAACAGGGGUGUCCUGGAUUACAGUCCAUGGAAGAACAGUCGAAGAAAGACACCAACCAGUCCACUAUGAUGCCAUUAAAAUGAUAAAGGAAAAUGUGUCUAUACCCAUAGUUGCUAAUGGAGACAUAAGAAGCUUGAAAGAAGCAGAAAAUGUAUGGCACAUGACUGGGACAGAUGGUGUGAUGGUUGCAAGGGGACUUUUAGCAAACCCAGCUAUGUUUGCUGGAUAUGAAGAGACCCCGCUGAAAUGCAUUUGGGACUGGGUUGACAUCGCCCUUGAACUUGGAACUCCUUUUAUGUGUUUCCAUCAACAUUUAAUGUACAUGAUGGAAAAGAUAACAUCAAGACAGGAAAAAAGGGUCUUUAAUGCUCUGUCAAGUACAUCAGCAGUUCUGGACUAUCUUACAGAUCAUUAUGGUGUCUGACUCUGCUUUCUCAGUCAUUGUAGUGUGAGGUUAUACCUACAUGGAACCACAUGAGGCUGCACCCUCAUAUUUUUUUAAAGUCGGUGGCUUUUAACUUCAGUACCAGCAAUUGCUGGGACCAGACAUGGCAGCACACACUUUUAAUGGAAGCACUCAGAAAGCUGAAGGAAGAGGUUUGGAAAUUCUAGGCCAGCAAACCUCUGUCUCAAAGAACAAAUGGAGUUUUCCAUAGUUUUAAAAACUCAGCCGUGUGACUGGAGAAGUGAUUCAGCAAUUAAAGCACUGGCUGCACUUCCACAGGACCAAGAACCAAUUUCCAGCUCCCAAGUGGCCAGUGACUACUGCCUAUAUCUCCAGUUCCAGGGGAUCCAACACCCUCUUCGGGCACCAGCCAAGCACACAGUGAACAGACAAGCAAAAACUAAUAAUAAUAAUAAUAAUAAAAUAGCCCCUAUACCCUGAAUUCCAGUUCAGUAGAUCUUGAGUGAACCCAGAAGUAAAACUUUGCUUCUAAUCUUUAUGGAUGUGGUGGGUGGAUGGGUGUGAAAUU